GCGUUUACCCUAAAAACUCGGUGGCUUAAAGUUUCGUGGAGUUAGAGAAGUCCGACUUCAAUUUUUGUACUAACGCCUCCCCAUCCGUGCGUAAUGGUGCGGGACUGCGCCGCAGAUGUUUGUGUGCAGGAAUGCUUUUUUACUUCUGAGGUUGGGGUUGAAUUUUAUACAAAUUAGUAUGUUGUAGGCCAAUGACUGUACAUAUGAAGGUGCAGGCCUACCUCUCUUUUUUCUAAACAACCAUAAGGCAUCUAAACAGUUCCAGGCUCCGGCUGUGAGUUAGUUUAUCUGUACCUCCCUGAACUCUCCGAUUAGCCGGGCAGGGAGCUGUCGUCAUCAGCAGCACCCCCGGUUUUUUCCCUUUUCUAAAUGGAUGGGGAUGUCCAGCUUCAUGCACAGUUCAACGGAAGCCGAAAGAUUGGAACAACUUGUGAAUUCCCCCGUCAGUUUGGUUUGCGUUUGCGGUAACGUUCAGAAGAAUGCUCGACGGCGGCUUCGCUGAAGAAGUUAAAGAUUGAGAAGUGUUUUUCUUUCUCCUAAACUGUGCGGCGUUCAGGACUGGAGCAGGACAGGAGGAGGGAGAGGGAACAGCGGUUGCCUACUACAACGUUUACAAUAGAAAGGAAACUUCAACUCCCGUUAGAGUGGACUGAAGUGAAGUGGCAGCUCGUAAUUCCACAAUGGCUUUCGCUUUGGAUUGUAUAUAUUUAUUGACGUGCUGUUCUCUCAGCUUGAUAUUUUUAGAUCACAAACAUACUGUGAAAUCACAUGAACAUCUCUCUGGAAAGUUAAGUGAAUAUGGUCUUAUCGUGCCGUUCAGCACAGACUCCCACGGCCGCUAUAUCUCCCACGUGGUCUCAGUCUCAGGAGCCUGGGCCUCAGCUGCAACGGGAGAAAGUGAAAGUGAAGGUGCUGAUGCAGGUGGUGGUGUUGGUGCUUCCUCAUCCCCUGGUCCGGGAAAGAGGCGUGUGGCCCGUAGCGCCCCCGAGACUCCCUCUAUCACCUCUGGCACAGGCAAACACCUGUUUUUCAACGUCACUGUGUUUGGGAAAGAGUUGCACCUUCGCCUCAAAGCAAACAGGAGGCUGGUGGCUCCGGGGGCAUUUGUGGAAUGGCAGGAGGACUUCGAGGAAAAGGCUAAGGAGCGUCUCCACGGGGACUGUGUUUUCACUGGAGACGUAUCAGACAUGCCAGAGGCUACUGUUGCCAUAAGCAACUGUGAUGGACUGGCAGGCCUGAUCCGGACUGAUAACGGGGAGUUUUUCAUCGAGCCUUUAGAGAAGGGUCAGCAGGAUGUGGAGGUGAAAGGUCGUGUCCAUGUGGUCUACAGGAGAUCUGCCAUCAAAAGUGAACCAGUCCAAAGAAGGAAGGACCUCCACAAUGAAGGUAAAGGAAGGGAACACCACCAGUGUAGUGGAAAGAGGAGGGUGACAGACUUUGGGAUUGCUAACCUCCCUGGUGCUCUGGACCUCUUGGAGCACAAGGUGACAGAGUCUGAGCGCAAACGGCGGCAUGCCAAGAAGGACGACUACAACAUCGAGGUGCUGCUGGCUGUGGACGACUCUGUGGUGCGCUUCCAUGGCAAGGAGCACGUACAGAACUAUGUCCUCACACUCAUCAACAUAGUUGAUGAGAUCUACCACGAUGAGUCCUUGGGAACCAACAUCAACAUCGUCCUCGUCCGCAUGAUCAUGGUUGGGUACAGACAGUCCAUCAGCCUGAUCGAGCGUGGGAACCCAUCCCGUAGCCUGGAGCAGGUGUGUCGCUGGGCCAACACGCAGCAGCGCCGGGACCCCGAUCAUGCUGAGUACCAUGACCAUGCCAUCUUCCUCACAAGGCAAGAUUUUGGUCCCGCAGGUAUGCAAGGUUAUGCCCCGGUGACAGGCAUGUGCCACCCUCUGAGGAGCUGCACUCUGAACCACGAGGACGGAUUCUCCUCGGCCUUCGUGGUGGCGCACGAGACCGGACAUGUGUUAGGUAUGGAACAUGACGGACAGGGGAAUCGUUGUUCUGACGAGACCAGUAUGGGGAGUAUCAUGGCACCGCUGGUCCAAGCAGCCUUCCAUCGCUACCACUGGUCACGCUGCAGUAAACAGGAACUGAACCGAUACAUCCACUCUUAUGACUGUCUCCUGGACAACCCUUUUGAACACAAGUGGCCCAAGCUUCCUGAGCUACCUGGGAUUAACUACUCCAUGGACGAGCAGUGUCGUUUUGAUUUCGGCGUGGGCUACAAGAUGUGCACCGCUUUCCGGACCUACGAUCCCUGCAAGCAGCUGUGGUGUAGUCACCCUGACAACCAGUACUUUUGUAAGACCAAGAAGGGUCCGCCGGUGGAUGGGACAGAGUGUGCACCGUCGAAGUGGUGCUUCAAGGGCCACUGUAUCUGGCGCUCCUCUAACCAACCUCAGGGCCAUGACGGUAACUGGGGGUCCUGGACUAAGUUUGGGUCCUGCUCCAGAACCUGUGGAGGUGGAGUACGCUCCCGGAGCAGAACUUGUAACAACCCUGUGCCUGCGUACGGCGGGCGGGAUUGCCCCGGGUCCACCUUUGAUUACCAGAUGUGUAACAUGGAGGAGUGUGCUGGACCCUAUGAAGACUUCCGCGCUCAACAGUGUGUCCAGAGGAGCAACAAAUACCACAAGAACACCAAGCACACCUGGCUACCUUACGAACACCCAGAUGAGGCUCACAAGUGUGAGUUGAGCUGUCAGUCCAAAGAGACCGGUGAGGUGGUGGUCAUGAACCAGGUGAUGCAUGAUGGGACGCGGUGCAGCUACACAGACCCUUUCAGUGUCUGCACCCGGGGGGAAUGUCUGCAUGUGGGCUGCGACAAAGAGGUUGGCUCGUACAAACAAGAAGACAAGUGUGGAGUCUGUGGUGGGGACAACUCCCACUGUCGCACUGUCAAACUGACCCUCACCAAGAUGCCAAAGAAAACAGGUAAACAUUGGGCAGUCACCAGGGUGAAACCACAGUUCUGUUCAGAACAUUAUGUGUUAUUUCAUUUGACUAUCAAUCAAUACUUGAUGUUGAGAAAUAUUACAGCUUGAAAUCCCUAAAAUCCUCUCCUACAUUCUUAGAAAA